AUGGACAAUGUUGAUGAAAAACUAACCAUUUUUAAUGAAAUAUUUUUAAAUACAUUGGAUAAACACGCCCCAGUAAAGACCAUAAAAGUGCGCGGAAAAUCUUGCCCAUUUAUCACUCCGGAAAUAAAAGCAUCCAUGAUCAAAAGAGACCAGCUCCACAGUCUUUUCAGGAAAACACGUGAUCAUUAUGAUUGGCUUAAUUUCAGAGAGGCCCGCAAUUUUACAAAAACCGCACUUGUUAAUGCACAGAAAGAAUAUGUACUGAAGGAAGUUCAGCAACACAGAAACAACACUGGGUCAAUUUGGAAGGUAAUUAAAGAAAAUAUAGCGUAUAGGGAAAGAGAGUCAGUGGUCUACAGUAAGGAACCGAAAUUAGUGGCCGAAGAGUUUAAUCAUUUCUUUUCCACCAUCGGUGUGAAUGCAGCAAAGAAAGCCUCAACACUAAUACAGGAUCCUAGUGUUUAUCCAGCUCGGAAUCUUUCUGACGUAAAUCGCACAGAUAACAGCCACCCUGAAGAAAAUGAUAGAUUUAGUUUCACCCCAGUCUCUUGUUCAGAAAUAAGGAACAUCAUAUUAGCUAUGCCGUCAAACAAAUCACCCGGCAAAGACAAAGUGAGUAUGCGUGUCAUCAAACACAGCCUACCGGUAAUUCUUGGGCCCCUCACCGAUAUCAUUAAUUGCUCACUGUCGUCAUCUUCGUUCCCUAUAGCAUGGAAAGAGGCAGAAGUUAUCCCUUUGUUAAAGGAUGGAAACCACGAGGAAGCAUCAAAUAACCGCCCACUUUCUCUCCUUACCUUUCUUUCGAAAAUUUGUGAAAAGUCGCCUUGA